AUGAGCGGGUCUCGGGGUGAGGGGAGGCGGCGCGAGGAGCUGCUGCUGGAGGGGAAGAGCGCCGGGGGCGCUGCGGAGGCGCUGGUGGCUGGCAGCAGCAGCAGCAGCAGCAGCAGCAGCAGCAGCAGCAGCAGCAGCAGCAGCAGCAGCAGCAGCAGCGAGUCGCUGGCGUUUCUGUCGCCGGCGACGCAGGCUGUCUUCGCGGGGGGCCCCUCCCCCGAGGAAGAGGCCCUGAGGGCCUCGGAGAGUCUGCUGCGGGGGUACCUUUAUGGGCAGUUGGCGAAUGUGGCGAAGGCAGCACUCUGGUGGUCUUCUUUCGGAGUCCUUGCUGCUUCUCUGGCGGGGGCCCCCCUGGGCGUGGGGGCCCUGCGGGGCCCCUUCAACCUCGCGCUGCUGCUGCUGUCGCCGGUGGCCUCCGUAGCAGCAGAAAGGGCCUCCGUGAAGACUUUGCUGCUGAGCACCACUGCAGCGCGGUGUCUGGUGUGGGGUCUGUUGGUGCCUGCGGCCUGGCUCGCGGUGUACGUACACCUCAACAACCCCACACUCUUCCUCCCCCUCGCCGGGGCCCUCGCCUUCCUCGACGGGGCCCACGUGGCAGUGGCCAACGCAGUGGACGCGGACUGCGGGGGUUUGGAGACCCUGGGGCAGCAGCUGGGGGCCCCCCUGCUGGGGGCCCCCCUGGGGGCCCUGGGGGCCCCCCUCUGGGAGGCCCUCGUCGAGCGCUACGGCCGCCUCCACCGCCUCGUCUUCGACGUUUCCUUCGUUUUCUUCACUCUUCCCGUGGCUCUCGCGCUGCUCUUUGCUGCUCCUUUCUGGCCCCUUCCUGCUGCUCUUCGGGGCCUCCUCGAGGCCCACCCCGAGGCUGCCAACAGGCUCGCCAUGAUCUUCGGACAGGCUUUCGUUUUCUCCAUUUUGUCGCUCCUUUCGCUGGCUUUCUACGCCUGGGGGCUCUCGGGGGGCCCCCCGGGGGGCCCCCCGGGGGCCCCGGCCCCCGGGCCCC